AUGCGUUUUAGCAGUACCAGUAUCCUGCUCGGUUUAGCUGCCCUUGGUAGUAUACCAGAGACAUCUGGUAGAGCCGUUCCUAACUCUGAAAUCGAGUGUAAGUAUACAUCCACUCCUUAACAGUCUAAGAAGCAAAGAUUGACCUUGAGUGACAGUAUACAACUGGAACCAUGUCCGCGCAGCACCAGUUAGAAUCACACCUUCCAAAGGAGUCCCUCCUACUAUCAAACCCGGCAGUGAGACUCCCUCACAUACUGGAGAAAAGCCCGAUAGCGAAAAUACCCCCAGAAUCGGCACAGGUGAUAAAACACCCGACACCACACCCAACGAACCAACCGUCCAUAUCGGAGACAGCAACCUCAACAACAGCCCAGAUAUAUGGUGUCGAGGAACCGGCUGCGGCGGAGAAUCUACACCCACCCUACUCACCACCUCCCAACUAACCACCCGCGGAGACAAGGGGCUGAAGCUAGCCGCCAGUCCGCAGCAAAACAAAGGGUACACGCAGCAAGAAAAAGACCACUACGACAUCGAAGAAGAAGACUUUCUCGGGGUCGAGCAAUCCAUUCCGGAACUUGGGUUUGAUCAAAAAUACGGCUUCCAGGACGAGGAAGGCUGGAGUCGGAUGUUUGCGCGGUCUAAGGGGAAUCCCGGGAAGAAUGUGGUGGAGAUGAGUAUUGGGAGAGCGAAGGAUGGGGUGGGGAAGGAGUAUGUGGCGAUCGUUGCGCACGCCCGGUUCGCGAGGUACGAUGCCAAUCGGUAUAAGCUUGAUGAUAAGGGGGAAGCUGUGAAAGAUGGGAAUGGGAAGUUGGUUGCUGCUGAUGGCUUUGAUGCUAAGGCGGUUCCGGCAUCGCAACUCCUCCAUGAUGCUGCGAAGGUGCGUUCCAAAACUUUCUGUUACAGGACAAUUGUGAUACUAAGAUAACUUUGAUUAAUAGCAAUCUGGAAAACUCGAUGGGAAAAAGCCGGAGAAAUUCUUCUUGAUCUCGGAGCUGAUCACGAACGACGAAGCUAAGCGAGAUAUCAAGGCGGCGAGCGCAGCGAUGGGGAAAUCGGGCCAGGCAAAUGUCUUGAAGAAGGGUGCAAAGGGUGUGGAGGGUGACUGGUUCAAGAUCCUGGCUGGGAACGAUAACAACUAUUCUUACCUGAAUACUGUUGGUCGGAACGCAGAUACGUUUGGUGGGUAUGAAGUUGUUAGCAUUCAGACUUUGGAUAACCCUCUUACGAUGGCUAUGGAACUUUCUAAGGUCUAGCUUAUAUGGUGUGAUAGGUGGUAGAUAGGAAGAUUGUUAGUUUACUUGAUAAGAUCCUUCCUCUUGUUGAGGUAUCAAUUAGAUAAAUCACAAAGAGGGAAGAGUUUCUAGUAGUAU